AUGGCAGCAUUGACGCGGUCGGAAGGCGCAGAAGAAUGGGAGAGUGUUGGGGAUGCUGCUGCUCGGCGACGGAUUCAGAACAAGCUGGCACAAAGACGCUACCGAAGAAACCAUAGGCAUGGUUCCAUGAGCCGAUUGAACACAUUCAACUACUCAGAUCAGCAAGACCACUCGUGUCGACAUCACGACAUACCCAGACCGAAAAGCCAGCAGCAGAUUGAUGAUGAGGCCGUUGCGAGACCCACAGCAGCGACUGGAAAGGCACAGUGCACGCAUUCAGCCGGACCAUCUCAUGCCGGUGUCGAUUGCGGCAUAAGGACGCCUCCGUCGAGUGUGCCUCCCUUCGCUGAAAGUGAUGGGCCACAGUCAGAUCCAUUUGGUCUGGGCCAGCACUAUCUCACCUCGUCUACAUCAGACUUUGCGAGAGCCAUAGAUGCUACCCAGGAUGCCGCGCUUCUCGAGUUCGAUGAUGACUUCUUCAUUGAUCAGGUACACUUCGCAGAUACACCUCAAGCAGGAACAGCAGCCCAACUCACCAUCGCCGAAAUCUCAGACAAGGAGCCCUCUGGCUCUAUCAGCCACUCCACUUCACGUACGACCCAGCCGCACGAUGCAGUCUUGCGUGCAGUACAAAGCAAUGCUUCGACGGAAGGACGAGUCGUAUCUUGUGCUAGAAGUCAGUCUGUCGGAGAGCCAAUAUCUCUGGUUCUUCCCGUCAGGACAACACCAUUGCACUGUGCCGUCCUCGGAGGUCAUAUCGACACGGUACGAUUACUCGUAGCAAGUGGAAGCUCACUGGACUGCAUCGACGCCUUGGGUCGCACGGCUUUACACAUUGCGGUGCAGAACGACCACGACGACCUAGUCAAAUUACUGCUAGACAGUAAAGCCGACUGGACAACUAGAAACUCGAAAGGCCAGACCGCGCUGCACAUAACUGCCCAAGCCGGCCACAUUGCAUCGAUGCGGACGCUACUAAAGGUGAUGACUGAGAUCAACGGGGUAGAUAAUCGAGGCCAGACCGCCUUACAUAUCGCGGCCUCGAAAGGGGAUCAGGAUAUAGUGAGCCUGCUUAUCCGCAAAGGCGCCAACUUGAAUGCUGGAAUUCAAGCUGGGACUCAUGGCUAG